CAGUUUAUAGGUGGUGUAUGAUGCAAUUUCAUUGACCGAUGGAGUGGAAGUAUAACAACAACAACACUGCAUUUUAAACGAUUCGGUGCCGUAGAUGGCGAAAUACCGACAGCAAAUUUGAAUGCAAAAUGAGAAGAAUAAAUUUUUUAUUUUAUUUACCAAAUUAUAUUCGAAAUUUUUCUAAUCUUCGCUGGUAUAAUUUAACAAGCAAUAAUCGUUUAGGUGCAUUUUUAAGAACAUGUGCUCGUAAAAACUUUAUUAUUCAUACGAAUAAAUUUCCUUAUUUAAUCAAGAAUUUAGUUGUUUCAAAACAGGUGGCUUUUAAUCGUGCAGCAUAUCUUGCAUUGAUCUAUGCUUGUUGUUCUUCUACAUCCUUAGGUGAUCAGCUCCUCCGAGCUGCAAAAAUUGGAAAUGAAAAAGAAGUUCAGAGAUUAGUGAAAAGUGGAGCUGAUGUAAACCAAAGGCAUCCAUAUGGAUGGACCCCUUUGCAGGUUGCUGCUAUGAAUGGAAAUGUAAGAGUUGUUGAAGAAUUACUUAAUUUGGGAGCAGAUCCUGAUUUAGGUGAUAAUUUUUCCAGUGUGUACAGAGUUGCAAAAGAGAAGCGUGUGCAUUCCCUAGAAGUUUGGUCUGCCAGAGAAGAAGAGUUCAAUGAAAGGCUAAAUACUCGUGCAACAUUUUCAAACUGCACUGCUUUGCAUUAUGCUGUGUUAGCUGAUGAACCUCAAAUUGUUGAAGUGCUUCUAAAAAAUGGAGCAAAUCCCACCAUACGUAAUGAUAUGGGACAUACUCCGAUUGAUUAUGCUAAAGAAAAUUCUAGAAUCUCAAAGCUUUUACAGACAUACACUUCAAAGUAUAAUGAAAAACUUAAAGAACUUGAAGCAGAAGAGAGAAGAAGAUUUCCAUUAGAACAAAGAAUAAAAAAGUAUAUAGUUGGUCAAGAAGGUGCAAUUGCCAAUGUUUCAGCAGCUAUCAGAAGAAAAGAAAAUGGAUGGUAUGAUGGGGAUCACCCACUGGUAUUUCUUUUUAUGGGAUCAUCUGGCAUUGGUAAAACAGAAUUAGCCAAGCAAGUUGCUAGGUAUCUACAUAAAGAUAAAAAAGAGGGUUUUAUUAGAUUGGAUAUGUCUGAAUACCAAGAGAAACAUGAAGUUGCCAAGCUCAUUGGAUCUCCUCCUGGAUAUAUUGGCCACGAUGAUGGUGGGCAGUUAACUAAACAGUUGAAAGCUUGCCCAAAUGCUGUUGUACUAUUUGAUGAAGUUGAUAAAGCACAUCCUGAUGUCUUAACAGUUCUUUUACAAUUAUUUGAUGAGGGUCGUCUUACUGAUGGAAAAGGUAGAACUAUAGAAUGUAAAGAUGCAAUAUUUAUUAUGACUUCAAAUUUAGCAAGUGAUGAAAUCGCUAGGCAUGCAUUACAGUUAAGAGCUGAAGCCGCUGAAUUAGCUUCCCAGAGAUAUAGCAAUAAUAUUGGUGACGCAGAAAUGGUUGAAAAGGUUACUAUUUCGAAGACUUUUAAAGAAAAUGUUGUUCAUCCUAUUCUUAAGAGGCAUUUCCGGCGAGAUGAAUUUUUAGGAAGAAUUACCGAAAUAAUUUAUUUUUUGCCAUUUAGCAAAUCAGAACUUCUGAAAUUAGUUCAGAAAGAGCUUGAACAUUGGGCUGAAUUGGCCAAAAAGCGACAUAACAUUGAACUAACCUGGGACAAAAUGCUCCUUGAAACAAUUUGUGAAGGUUAUGAUGUUCACUAUGGUGCUCGCUCUAUAAAACAUGAGGUUGAAAGGCGUGUUAUCAAUCCUCUUGCUGAAGCUCACGAAAAGCAACUUUUUACCAAAGGCUCCACUGUGCAUAUAACUGUAGAAUACAAUGAGAGUGCUUUACAAGGCUCUGAUAAAUCUGCAUCUGGAAAUGUGAAAUUACAAGUGAGGACAAAAGGAAAAGCAAAAGACUAUGUAAUGUAGUUUAUUAUCCUUUGCAUUGUAAAUAAAUGUAUUUAAGAUUGAA